GUCUUUAAAGGGUGAGUGGGCACACACACACUCCUCCCUGAGUGUGUGUGUGGAGGAGGGGGAGGAGGAGGGAGAUGUGUGUGGAUGUUGUGAACCAGCCGCUGGCCUCCCUCCACGGCUCCUCUCCUCUCCGUGUCUCGGUGUGUAUAUAAACUCAGAGGGAUGUCAGCGCGUUGAGCUCCGGGAUAAAGAUGCUGCUGCUCGGUCUGAUGCUGCUGCUGCUCCCCGCCGCCGGAGCUGACCUGUCCGGGUCAGCCGCUCCGCACCGGGGGCCGGUUCACGCCGCCCCCUCCGCCCCGCCGCUGCUCCUCCUCCCGCAGCCCGGCCCGCAGUACGGGGCUCCCGGCGUAGCCUUGGCCCGGUCUGCGGCGGAGGAGUCGGCCGGCACCGGGAAGGCGGAGCGGGAGGCAGCGGAACAUCACCAUCACGACGGUGGGUACCGAGUGGUCCAAUGGGAGUGGAGCUACGUCCAGACUCCCUACAUCAUCGCCAUCUGGCUCCUGGUGGCCAGCGUGGCCAAGAUCCUGUUCCACUUCUCCCAGCGGUUCACAACUGUGGUGCCAGAAAGUUGCAUGCUGAUCUUGCUGGGUCUGGUCCUGGGUGGUGUGGUCCUCAUUGCCAGUAAGAAGCAGCUGUACCAGCUGGACCCCUCUCUCUUCUUCCUCUUCCUACUGCCGACCAUCGUUGGGGAUGCCGGCUACUUCAUGCCGGCUCGGCUCUUCUUCGACAACCUGGGAGCCAUCCUGACGUACGCUGUGGUGGGAACGCUGUGGAACGCUUUCUGCACCGGCUUCUGCCUGUAUGCAGCCAAACUGCUGGGCAUCAUAGAUGAGCGUGUACAGGCUGACUUAAUGGACUUCCUGCUGUUUGGCGCCCUGAUCUCUGCUGUGGAUCCGGUGGCGGUUCUGGCUGUGUUUGAGGAGGUCCACAUCAAUGAGAUGCUCUUCAUCAUCGUGUUCGGAGAGUCGCUGCUGAAUGAUGCCGUCACUGUGGUUCUCUAUAAAGUCUACAUUUCGUUCGUCGAGGCGGGAGCAGAGAACGUCCAGACAGCUGAUUACUUCAAAGGAGUGGCCUCUUUCCUCAUCGUCAGCAUUGGCGGGACUCUGGUGGGUCUGGUAUUCGCUGUCAUCCUCGGCUUUAUCACUCGCUUCACCAAAAAGGUCCGCAUCAUCGAGCCGCUCUUUGUCUUCCUGUUGGUCUACCUGGCCUACCUGACUGCCGAGCUCUUCUCGCUGUCCGCCAUUCUGUCAAUGACCUUCUGUGGCAUCGGAGCCAACAAAUAUGUGGAGGCCAACAUCUCCCAGAAGUCUCGGACCACCGUCAAGUACACGAUGAAGACCCUGGCCAGCAUCGCUGAGACCAUCAUUUUCAUCUUCCUGGGGAUCUCGGCGGUGGACAAGUCCAAAUGGGCUUGGGACACAGGGCUGGUGUCCUGCACCCUGGUCUUCAUCUUUGUUUUCAGAGCUGUGGGUGUGGUCGGUCAGACCUGGGUUCUGAACCGAUUCCGGCUCGUCCCAUUGGACAAGAUCGACCAGGUGGUGAUGUCAUAUGGUGGUCUACGGGGGGCGGUGGCGUUCGCCCUGGUGGUGCUGCUGGACGGGGAGCAGGUCAAAGCCAAAGAUUAUUUUGUUGCCACGACGAUCGUGGUGGUCUUCUUCACUGUCAUGUUCCAGGGUCUGACCAUCAAGCCUUUGGUGAAGUGGCUGAAGGUCCCUCGUUCCACCAACAGGAAGCCAACCAUUAAUGAGGAGAUCCAUGAACGGGCUUUCGACCACAUCCUUACUGCAGUGGAGGACAUUGCAGGACUUCAGGGGUAUCACCACUGGAGAGACAAGUGGGAGCAGUUUGACAAGAACUAUCUGAGCAAGCUGCUGCUGAGGAAGUCGGUCUACAGGAAGAGCGAGCUGUGGGAGGCCUAUCAGAAGAUCAACAUCCGAGACGCCAUCAGUGUCAUUGACCAGGGUGGGAACGUUCUGACUUCAGCCAGGCUGUCUCUGCCUUCGAUGGCCAGCAGAGCCUCGUUCCCUGAAGUCACCAACGUCACCAACUACUUGCGUGAGAACGGCAGCGGCGUGUGUCUGGACCUCCAGGUGAUCGACAACAUCCCUGGAUCCAAAGUAGAGGAGGACAUGGAAACGCACCACGUCCUGGCAGGGAACUUGUACAAGCCCAGGAGACGGUACCAGUCCCACUACAGCCGACACUUCAUGCCGCUGGGCGAGAAGGAGCGUCAGGACCGCGAGGUGUUCCAGAGGAACAUGAGGAGUCGCAUGGAGACCUUCAAAUCGACCCGAUACAAACGGCACAAGAAGGAACGUAGCCUGAAGAAGCGCAGGGGAUCUGACACUAAAGACGAUGGAGGAGACAAACCCAGACGCAACGUCAGCUGGCAGGACAAAGAUGUAACAGGCUGCCGUUCUAUCUCAGAUCCAGCGGUUGUUCCUGUGGAACUGGAAGAGGACAAGGGUGACUAUUCUGACCCAGAGAAGGAAGAAGAUGUUGGCAUUACCUUUAUCGCUCGUAAGGCAGAGACGCCCAAACAGCGACCCAAAUCAAUUCCAGCAGCUCUGGAUAUCUGUCAGAGUCCACCACCCCACCCCCCUUCGCCACCCACUGAAGAUAGCCAUUUGCCUUGGAAGGGCAGCAUGGGAUCUCCUCCCCCCUGCGUGUCUGUGGAGGCCACAAAGAUCAUUCCAGUGGACCUGCAGCAGGCCUGGAACCAGAGCAUCUCCUCAUUGGAGAGCAUCUCCUCCCCACCUGCCCCUGCUGAGCCAGUUCACCCUCGCAUCAGUGCCCUCUCCAGGCUGGGAGGACCCCGCCCAGCCUCCUACACCGGUCCAACUAGCAUGGUGGGCAGCAGCCCCUCUGUGGGACCUCCAGUGUCCCAGGCCUCAUUCUGCUUCCCAGAGAGGAAGAAGAAGAAGCAGGUGGAGGAGGAAGAGGAGGAGGAGGAACCGGGGGCGUCGCAGGAAAUGCAGCCACUCAUGUCGUCCCUGAAGCCCCCUGGGUCAUUGCCACGUCCGCCCCAACCCCCUCCACCACCCGGCUCUGGGAAGAAGAGGAACCCUUGCGUCUACCUGAGGAAUUUGGUGACAACGCCCCCUGGGGGCAGCAGUGAGCCUCACAGUCACCGGCCCACACAGCUUUGAAAACAGAUUCCUGAUCUGCGGAGCAGAAAACAGAGGAGGUGGACUGUCUGUCAGCUCGACCAAUAGGAAACCAACAUAAGUUCUCCCAUGCCAGCUCAGCCCACACCAUAAAAACAGAAUCACAUGACCAGAGUGCUUGUCCAAUCCCUGCUGCUCCUCACCACAACAUCACCAGUUUGAAGAUGAUUGAAUGUUCUAAAGACAAUGUUUCCUCACUGACCUGCAGUCAUAACCUUUAUUACCAUUCUGACCUAGCUUCCUGCCAGGAAGUUGGAGAAGCUCCUCCUGCAUCCAAAGCUUCAGGAACGUUUCACAGAGCUGGAGUGAUCCAAGACUCCAACAUGAUGCCACAGAUGAAGAGUGAGCUCAUCUGAAACAGAGUACCAGUUUCCUGCUGCAGACUGAAGAUCAGAUGAUCACCAGUCGUGUUGUUGCCUUGACUCGUUUUCUGUUGCUGUUGAAAUGCUUUAUAGUCAAUAUUCCUCACAGUCUAACACCGAAGUGUCAAACUCCGUCCGGUCCUUGAGGGCUGGUGUCCUACAUGUUUUAGCCGUGUCCCCAAUCCAACGGAUCUGAAUGAAACGGCUGAACUACUUCGGCAUGCAGUCAGGUUCUUCAGAGUUCUGCAAAUGCUCUAAUUAUUUGAUUCAGGUGUGCUGAAUCCAAGACACCUCUAAAAGCUGCAGGACACUGGUCUUGGAGGACUGGAGUUUGACACCUAAUAGAUUACCAUUGAUUAUGUUCAUUUUGUUUGAAUAAUAUAAACAUCUGAACAGAACCAGUCUGAGCUCAAGCAAAGUUUCUGAUGGUUCUGCACCAACAAUCAUGGUUUCUGCAUCUUUUAGGAGAGAAAUAAAACCCUAGGAAAAUCUAAAUGUACAAAGAACACAAGAAUGAGCUAAGAUACUAAUGAACAAAGGAAUGAACUAAAAUGACUACAACAUAAACAACAGGGAAAUAAAGAACACUAACAGAUCAUUACACAGUCUGUAUGAUGAAGUGUUCUGAGAUUACGUGUUGUGAAUUAGCCCCAAAAAUAAACAAACUGGAUUUAAUUGAAAUUAAAAAAGAAGGUAUGUUUUGAGUUUGCCAAAAGGCACAUAGGCAACUUCCCAAAUAUAUGGAAAACGCUUUUUGGCACAAACCCAACACAUCCUUACACCCCAAGAACACCAUCCCCAUAGUGAAACAUGAUGGUGGCAGCAUCAUGCUGUGUGGGUGUUUUACAGCAGCAGGGACUGGGAAACUGGUCCGAGUGGAGGGAAAUAUAAAUGGUGCUAAAUACCAGAAUAUUCUUGAGCAAAACCUGUCAGUCUGCCUGGGAUCUAAAACUGGGACGGGGGAUCACCUUCCAGCAGGAAAAUGACCUGGACCAUACUGGCCUAGUCAAAGUCCAGACCUCAAUCUAACUGAGAAUCUGUGGUUAGACUUUAAGAUCGCUGUUCACAUGUGAAAACACAAUACAACAUGAAGGAGCUGGAGCAGAUUAGCCUUGAGGAAUGGGAAAAAUUCCCAGAGGAAGGAUGUGGCGAGCUCAUGGAGAUUGAUCCAAAGCCACUUGGAGCUGAAAUUACUCUACAAAGUACUGACUUUAGGGGGGUGAACAGUUAUACACGCUAAAGUUUUCUGUUAUUUUAGUUGUCCUUUGCUUCACAAUAAAAAAAAAAAUAAUACAUCUUCAAA